GGCUGUGGUUUUUCUGUAUAUGUUUCUGGAGUCCUGAGCCUGAGCUAAACAAAAGCAGGAGGCUGACUGGGCUGCUGGAGUUUGCAGAGACACGGAGGAGGAGAGAGCCUGGGUUUGCUGCCGCCGCUGCUGGGGGAGAUCUGGCUUUUGCAACAGCCCACCCCCUUUGAGAUCACUCUGGCCCGGAGUCGGGUGGGGGGCAGCGGGGGGUGGGGGGAAAGUUUGCAUUGCAAUCCCCCUGCCUUCCUCUCCUUUCUCCCGAUCAAUGCAUAUUUGCAAAAGGAUUAAGCCACAGAUUUAAGCGCCGGGAGCCCAUUUCUGUCUUGCAAAGGAGAUCGGACUGAAAAACCAAAAGCCAGCUCUGAUUUCUUUUCGCCAAGUGGGAAGGUGGUUUAUUUUUCUUGCUUUUUGGAGUCAACACCCGUCCCCACCAGCCCUUACCCCACCCUCCCCCCGCAACCCCUUCACGCCCCCCUCCCCUUCCCCGUCCCCAUCCUCCCACCACCUCUAAAGAGGCAAGGGGAUUUUUUUCCCUCUUCUUCUUUUGGUCUUCUUUUUUUUUCCCCCCUCUUCCCUGUUUAUCCUGAAAAGGAUUUGAAGACAGCUUGAAGGAUAAAAAGCCUGGUUCUUCCCAGGAGCCGAGCCGAGGAGCAGAAGAGGAAAAGCCGAGGGCUGCCGUAGCCUGUGGAAAUGGACGAGCAGCCCAGGCUGAUGCAUUCCCAUGCCGGGGUCGGGAUGGCCGGACACCCCGGCCUGUCCCAGCACUUGCAGGACGGGGCCGGAGGGACCGAGGGGGAGGGCGGGAGGAAGCAGGACAUUGGAGACAUUUUACAGCAAAUUAUGACCAUCACAGACCAGAGUUUGGAUGAGGCGCAGGCCAGAAAACAUGCUCUGAACUGCCACAGAAUGAAGCCUGCCUUGUUUAAUGUGUUAUGUGAAAUCAAAGAAAAAACAGAGCCAUGGUUCAUCUCACGUGUUGAAGUGGCCCUACAUCCAAACCCCAGUAAAACAAAGGCCAUCAUUUCUCAUCAUCCUGUCUUGAGCAUACGGGGCGCUCAGGAGGAGGAGCCCACGGACCCGCAGCUCAUGCGCCUGGACAACAUGCUGCUGGCGGAGGGCGUGGCCGGGCCGGAGAAGGGCCUGGAGAAGUACGAGCAGGCAUGCAACGAGUUCACCACCCAUGUGAUGAAUCUCCUGAGAGAGCAAAGCCGGACCAGGCCCAUCUCCCCAAAGGAGAUCGAGCGGAUGGUCAGCAUCAUCCAUCGCAAGUUCAGCUCCAUCCAGAUGCAGCUCAAGCAGAGCACGUGCGAGGCCGUCAUGAUCCUGCGCUCCCGGUUUCUGGAUGCGCGGCGGAAGAGACGGAAUUUCAACAAGCAAGCAACGGAGAUCCUGAAUGAGUAUUUUUAUUCCCAUCUCAGCAACCCUUACCCCAGUGAGGAAGCCAAAGAGGAGCUAGCCAAGAAGUGUGGCAUCACUGUCUCCCAGGUAUCAAACUGGUUUGGAAAUAAGCGAAUCCGGUACAAGAAGAACAUAGGUAAAUUUCAAGAGGAAGCCAAUAUUUAUGCUGCCAAAACGGCUGUCACUGCUACCAAUGUGUCAGCCCAUGGAAGCCAAGCUAACUCACCUUCCACUCCCAACUCAGCUGGUUCUUCCAGUUCUUUUAACAUGUCAAACUCUGGAGAUUUGUUCAUGAGCGUGCAGUCACUCAAUGGGGAUUCUUACCAAGGGGCCCAGGUUGGAGCGAACGUGCAAUCACAGGUGGAUACCCUUCGCCAUGUUAUCAGCCAGACAGGAGGAUACAGUGACGGACUCGCAGCCAGUCAGAUGUACAGUCCGCAGGGCAUCAGUGCUAAUGGAGGUUGGCAGGAUGCUACUACCCCUUCAUCAGUGACCUCCCCUACAGAAGGCCCUGGCAGUGUUCACUCUGAUACCUCCAACUGAUCUCCCAGCAAUCGCAUCCCGGCUGACCCUGUGCCCCAGUUGGGGCAGGGGCAGGAGGGAGGGUUUCUCUCCCAACGCUGAAGCGGUCAGACUGGAGGUCGAAGCAAUCAGCAAACACAAUAAGAGUCUCCUUCUCUUCUCUUCUUUGGGAUGCUAUUUCAGCCAAUCUGGACACUUCUUUAUACUCUCUUCCCUUUUUUUCUGGGUAGAAGCCACCCUCCCCUGCCUCCAGCUCUCAGCCUGGUUUCCAUCGUCUUCCCUGCCUGCUCUCCUCUGUUCUAGCCUCCCGGGGUCCCUGCCCUCCAUCACAUCACUGAAGGAUAUUUUCAACAAUUAGAGGAAUUUAAAGAGGAAAAAAAAAUUACGAAGAAAAUAAUAAAAGUGUUUGUAUGUUUUCGUGCUGGUGGUUUGAGGAGCCAAAUUUGCCUCCCUUGGAUCCUUCUCUCCCGAUGUUAACAGGCAGCCCUUCUCUGUUUCUCUUGUUACUCUCACUACCUCUUAGAAGGAAUGCACCACAUUGCCCUCCUCAUCCCAGGCCCCCUGUCUCCUCUUGCUCCUCCUCCCUGGGGACAAUCCUGAUUGGAACUCCAGGCUCUUUCUUCCCAGUCCCAGGUACUCGCUGAGGACUGCCACAGGUGGGCGUCUCCGAGUGCCCCACUUUCCAAUCUCAUUUCAACUAAAUGGAUUACCAGGCAGGGAGUCAGACAGCAGGGGAGGGGAGGAGGAAUAGGAAAGGCAAAAUUCCUGCAGCCUUUUUCUGCCCCCUCACAACAGCUCCCGGUGUCAGAGGCACAGUCUUUGGAAACCAUUCCACACCUAGGAAGCAAUGUUACAGCCCAACUACCAAGCAGGCCUCAGCGAGGCCUAGUGAUGAAGGCAUCAGUGAGGAGUAGAAGGUUCUGACCCUGAAACCCUCCACUGCCCGUCAUGCCUGUGCACACACAUGGGGAUACAUGCACACUCUCACACCUUUACUACUCUGCCAAGAUGCCAUGUGCAAACACAUACAUUUGCAAUCAUAGCAUUCUCUCUGGCGAGUUUAAGAGAGGGAAUUAGCAACUCCAAGUGACAGUCACUGGCACGCAGAAGCAAUACGUGCCUGGGGCUUUAGGACCAGCAAGCCAAGCAGCACACAUUGACCAGUGUAACAUGCACAGGACUUUUUUCUAAUGACGGUCACGUUUCCACGGUCACCUACUCCUGUUCUUACCACUUUUGGAGCUCUCAGGGAGCCACACACAGUACUUAAAAAUGUCUGUGAUGGAUUUGCUUGUUUUGUUUCUGUUUUUCUAUAAGGAAUAUUGUAUUAAUUAUCUGAAGCAUUAUUCUACAUCAAGUUCCUGAUCCUGGCCUCUUCCUAGGGAGGAGAGAGUGGCAUCCGAAUACGGUUCAAGCCAAUGUUUUGCUAGCUUAAUUUGAUGACAGGAGAGGCAUGGGGAAGGGGUGAUCAUGUCUUCAUCAAAAUCCUCACAUUGAUUUGUAUUCCCUGAUUUUCUAAGAGAAAAUAGUGUAUGCUGGAAAGUUAUUCUCUGAUGUCACCUGAGCUUACCUUCUUCAUUGCCAAUUCUGCCAGCCACAGGGGUGGUGGCUCUGUUACUUGAUUAAGUAGGAGGUGGUAAAAUCUUCUGGUGCCCAAUUUUCUUCAUCUGUAAAAUGGGAAUUAGUCUGUGUGGCUCACCAAGAGGCAUGUGAGAGACUGAAUAACUUGAAUUUGUUCAUCACUAAUCUUAACGUGGAAGUUAGGGAAGGCAACAUCCCUGAGAAACUGGUUUGUGCUCUGUCAGGAAAAUGAAUUGUUUUCUUGUUCUAACUUCCGGUGCCAUCUAUACCCCAAUGUCAUUGCCAUGAUGACAGAGUUGAUUUUUAGGUUUGGGGUGGGUGUUUGUUUAGUUUUAGCCUGUUUGGUUUCUUAGGAUGGAAGAAAGCUUCCCAGCUAGAACAGUAGAACCUGGUUCUGCCUGUACUUGAAUCCAGUAGGUAGGCUUAAAAGCAGUUGGUCAGCCCCUGUCACACCCACUCAAUGCCCCCAGAGAGGGUUAGGAGACCCUGAGGGGUAAGGAUGGCCAGACAGCAAGGUUGUGAAAGUCUACAUAUUACUAUAGUAAUGACCACUCUUCCUCUGUGUGUGUUUGGAGAAGAUGGGGAAGCUACCUAACAAAAAAGGAUUUGUGUAUUUGAAGAAAACACAAAGAGUAAAUACUAGGAAAAGUGCAGUUAUGCCUAGGUGACCAAGGACAACAGAAAGACUUUGUCUACUAACCCAUGCUCUACAGGAACAGAGCUGGAUAAAUAGGAAGCCUAGAAGGCACAUCUCUG